AUGACAAUACGAAAUUAUUUUAUCGAAAAGAUUCCAACGAUUGCAAAAUCUUUUUAUGAUUACUUUAUUGACAUUAUCGAACAAUUCGGAAAUUCGAUUGCAUUGAAUGAUCCGGAAACGAUGAAAUUUGUUACCUAUUCGGAGUUGAUUAAUCGAUCACAGCAAAUGCUCAGUGCACUAGUAAGGCUAGGUAUUCACCACGGUGAUAGAAUUGGUACAUAUGUCGGCAACUCUUCUGAUUAUAUUACUUUUAUGUUAGCUGCUAUUGGUCUUGGAGCUAUUUUGGUACCAUUAAAUCCGGCAUAUAAAACUUAUGAAAUUGAAAAGUAUUUCGAGAAAGCUUCAGUAAAAUGGAUAUUAAUAGAAGAGAAAUUAUUUGAAAAAAUUCGACAUUUAAAAAUGAAGAAUAAGCAAGCAAUAAUUUUCUUUUCUUCUGGAACAACCGGAUUACCAAAAGGAAUUCUUUUAAGCCACGAAACGCUUAUUGCUAAUGUCGAAUUAAUCCGCAAAACUCAGGGAAUCAAAUGUGGAAAAUAUGAAAUGAUUAGUUUGAGUGGAAUGGAUGUGGUAUACGGUGUGCUACCGUAUUUUCAUGCUGGUGGUCUGCUUACUGUAUUCGGUCUUUUAGGAUUAGGUGCUCAAAUAAUUAUAAAUCGAAAAUUUGAUGGUGAACAAUUUCUAGGAACGCUAAGCAAUUAUCAGGUGACAACAGCUUUGUUGGUACCACCUGUGCUGAAGUUUCUUGCAGUUACUCCUAAUCUAAAUCCCGAAGCAUUUCAUUCUCUAAAACAGAUCUUCGUCGGAGCAGCUCACGUUAAUGAGUCACUUAUCGAAAUGGUGAAACAUCGUUUGCCCAGAACAAAUAUUAUUCAGUUAUAUGGUACAACAGAAGCUGGCGCUUUUGUUUUCAUGCAGCCAUUAUAUCCGACAGGAAAAAAUGGAAGUUGCGGAAUUUUAUUGCCAAGUGUUGAAUGCAAAAUUAUGAAGUUAUCGAGUAAUGAAGAAUGUGAAGAAAUGGAAACUGGUGAAGUAUGGCUAAAGACAGCAACAAUGAUGCAAGGAUAUCUCGAGAAGACUACCGAUAUUGACGAUGCUUUUGUUGAUGGAUGGUUUCGAACUGGUGAUUUGGGAUAUUAUGAUUUCGAUCAAUUCAUUUACAUAACUGGUCGUAUUAAAGAGAUGAUCAAAGUUCGCGGUUGGCAGGUAUCACCCUAUGAAAUUGAAGAAACAAUCCAAGAAUUAAAUGAUGUUGAAUUAUGCGUCGUGAUUGGUAUUCCCGAUGAAUACAGUGGAGAGCUACCAAAAGCUUACAUUAAACUUCGUGAUGGUUGUCAAAUGGACGAAAAUACAAUUCAUCAACUUGUGAAUGCUAAAUUUGCGAGUUAUAAGCAACUAAAGGGUGGUAUUCAAUUUGUUAGCAAUAUGCCAAUUAAUAGCGCUGGAAAGAUAUCACGGAGAGAAUUGCUUAAAAUAAAUGAAACAGAAGAUAAAACAGUUUAA